UGAAAUUCAGUCACAGAAUCUCCAUUCAACAGACUAGUUGAGUCCGCUUGGCAUUUUUGCCCCUCUGUCGCGCAAAUGGAGGCAUUCAGUUGUUGUCUGUGAAGUUGGUGCUUCUGGCAAAUUACUUGCCACGAUUGCGUCCACUCCCGUAGAUAUUGUUGGCGUGGACAAGUUGGACCUCACCUGGAAUUGGUGUCCCACGAAAGCCACCAAAAGAAAAGUGUGAAGAAAUUCGUGAGGGAUUUUGUUAGGGGGGCUAGUGAAGAAUUUUUCUCUAGUGUGAUCAACUUCUUUUUGUGUUUGAAGUUAUAUAUCUUACAUAUUAUAUAUAUAUAUAAUAUAUAUAUAUAUAUACCUUCGAAAACUUCUCACAUUCUCUCCGGAUGAAUUAAUAAAAAAAAAGAGUUCGUUGUGUAUUUGGAAAAGUUAUUCACACAUAUACCAACAAAGCAUUAUAUCUUCCAACUUCUGAGGCAUUUGGAGGAGAUCUCACGCGCGCGGUCCCCCCAUCAAGAAAACCCGUCAAGCCAGCCAACACACAAAGUUGUGGAUUCCAUCAAAAGAGAUUCGUGUCAUCGCGCGUAGCAUUUUUAUCUGUCAACUCAAUUUUCAGUGCCACAAUCUCAUUUACGUCUUUUUUUUACACCAUCUUCCUCUGGGUUGUUUGUGGCAGCGCCUUUUUUAUAAUCUGCUGCGUUGGAAACAUCAACAACCAAAAAAAUAAUAAUAAUCCACGCUCAAUCUCUCUUCAAAGUGACAAAAAAAAAUGUUCUAAAACACAAACGUGUGAAAACAGAUAUAUAAAUGUGAAAAUUUUUCAUUAAAAAUAACAAGAAAAAAUCGUCUAGAAAAAAAACAAGUUGAAGUGGUGAUAAUACGAUGGAAUGUGAACUUGAAGGGAAAACAGUUCCAAAAAAAAUUUCCCCAAAAUAAUUAUAAUUUUCAAUGUGAAACAAACCCCUUGGUGUAACUUUUUUUGACAACAACAACAACAACAAUCUUCCAUACCUUUUCAUUUAAUUUUCCACACUCAUUUGGUUGUGCCUGUGUGAUUUUUUUUCUCUACAAAUACCUUCAUCCUCCCAUCCACAACAAAACUCAUCGGAGAAGCAAAACGCGGAAAACUGGUGAAAAAUUACACCGAACAAGAACAGAUCUGGAAGCUGACUCUAACUUGGAUUAAAACAGAAGCUUCAACACGAGGAACUCUCAAGCCAAUCAACGUGUGGCUCAAAGGCAGGAAGGGACAAUCGCCACAGAGAAGCACAAGGAAACAUCUGGGAAAAAUGGAGGAUCCCGAAAUUACAUUUCUUUUUCAAUUUGGCAAUUUACGUGACACCGUGACUGUGGCAAUACCAACACUUAAUCUCAAAUCACUCAAAGACAGAGCAUGUGACUUCAUCAAUACAAAGAUUCCUGAAAAUGGCCUAAGCCACUUGGCAGAUCGUCUUCUGUUAUUUCGUCAUGACUACAAUAGCCCAAAUGUCCUCCAACUGGUCAAUUCGGCGGCGGAAAUUGUUGAUGAGACUCUCAUUGAGAUUGUUCUGACGGCAAAUGCUCUACCAUAUUCCAGUGGGAGUAUCAGAGAAGAUAUACCAACAGUUUAUCCUCAUUCACUGUCUGUUCACUCCUACAAAGCACCCACUUUCUGCGAUUUUUGCGGUGAAAUGCUCUUCGGACUCGUCCGACAAGGACUCAAAUGUGAUGGAUGUGGACAGAAUUACCAUAAAAGGUGUGUUGUGAAAGUUCCAAACAAUUGUCAUCGAUCGGCUGAUCCCACACGGAAAACUUCCACACUACAACCACCACGUUGUCCAUCCGGUUGCUCAAACAACUCCUCCCUCGCCGACGAUCAAUCAACCACAACGGGCUCGGGAUCGUCUUUGUUGAAUAGAUCCCCAAUUCCGGGCCAUUCUUAUGGCAGUACCAAUUCCGGACGAAUAAGCAUACCACAUCGAUUCUUCCUGCAUUCAUACACACGACCCACAGUGUGUCAAUAUUGCAAGAAACUCCUCCGUGGUCUCUUCAAGCAGGGUGUUCAAUGUCGCGACUGUCACUACAAUGCUCACAAGAAAUGUGUGGACAAAGUGCCAAAAGAUUGUGUUGGAGAUUGCUCAACUGAUACAUUUGCUCCAGAUUUAAAUGAUAGCAGCAUAAGCAGCGAACGAGAGUUAAGGGAUGAAUUUGAAGAUAGUGAUUUCGAUGACAAUCCAUUCAGCAAUCACAGACAGACUGUGCCACCACUUAAAGUAAAUGGGACCAUUCAUGAGCCCGAACUCCUCGACCUCCUCGAUGCAACUUCCGAACAAUCCCGCCAAUCUAGUUCUUCAUCUUCUCCAAGCGCCAACAUACCCCUCAUGCGAAUCGUCCAGUCGGUAAAGCACACAAAACGACGUGGUGACCGGGCUAUGAAGGAGGGCUGGCUGGUGCAUUUCACCAACAAGGAUAAAACUGUUAAGCGUCACUACUGGCGCCUAGAUUCAAAAUCCAUCACCCUCUUCGUAUCGGAUCAGGGCAGUAAGUACUAUAAGGAAAUCCCACUCAACGAAAUUGCUGCAAUCGAAACAGCUCGAAGUCUUGUGGGUGAUGUUUACCAUUGUUUUGAGAUAAGGACUGCAAAUGUCGAUUAUUACGUGGGACAAGACCCCUUAAAAGAUGGAGAACUGAUGAUCCUACCCCCACCUGAUAGUGGGGUAGGGGCUUAUUUGGCCAAAAGCUGGGAGACUGCCAUCAAGCAAGCCCUAAUGCCCGUGACCAAAACUUCGGCGACUGACAAUGAAGAGAAUGUUCAAGAUAUGGGACAACUCUAUCAAAUAUUCCCCGAUGAAGUUCUUGGUUCUGGGCAAUUUGGAACAGUUUACGGUGGAAUACACCGCAAGACACAUCGAGAGGUUGCAAUUAAGGUGAUUGACAAAAUGAGAUUUCCAACAAAGCAGGAAGCACAGCUUAAAAAUGAAGUUGCUAUUCUUCAGAACAUCUCCCACUGCGGUGUUGUGAAUUUGGAGAGGAUGUUUGAGACGCCCGAGAGAAUUUUUGUUGUGAUGGAAAAACUGAAGAACGACAUGCUCGAGAUGAUUUUGUCAAGUGAAAAGGGAAAAUUGAGUGAACGAGUCACAAAGUUUCUCAUAACACAAAUUCUUGUUGCACUUAAGCAUCUACAUAGCAAAAAUAUUGUACAUUGUGACCUCAAACCUGAAAAUGUUCUUUUGUCGUCUGACAAUGAAUUCCCUCAAGUUAAAUUGUGCGACUUUGGCUUUGCCAGAAUUAUUGGGGAGAAAUCUUUUAGAAGAUCAGUUGUUGGUACACCUGCUUAUCUAGCACCUGAAGUUCUAAGAAAUAAAGGAUACAAUCGAUCAUUGGAUAUGUGGAGUGUUGGUGUGAUAAUUUAUGUUAGUCUCAGCGGAACUUUUCCCUUCAACGAGGACGAAGACAUCAAUGUUCAAAUACAAAAUGCAGCUUUUAUGUAUCCACCAAAUCCUUGGAAGGAAAUCUCUUCAGAUGCUAUUGAUCUAAUCAACAAUCUUCUGCAAGUGAAGCAGAGAAAACGUUUUACUGUGGACAAAAGUCUUCAGCACACGUGGCUUCAAGAUUCCCAAACAUGGAAUGAUCUUCGAGCUCUCGAAGCCUCAGUGGGCAUCAGAUACUUGACACACGAAUCUGACGAUGCCCGCUGGGCUGCCACAGGACCUUGACCCCCCAAUUCCCCAGAACACUCCCCCAAAAUUGAUGCUGUUCGUGGGAAAGCAAUGAAAUGGGUUCGUGGAACAUUGUGUAAAUUUGCAAAGGCCUAAAAACAACUUUUGUUAAUAAUUUUACUAGGAAAUUAUUAAACAUGCGCAUUAUUACACCAAUUUAAAAAACUAUAUAUAUAUUUAAAAAAUUUACAAAUACAAAAAAAAAGAAGAAAUUGAUGAAAUAAUUGCCCAAGAAUAAAUAUUUAGCUAAGUGAGAAAAAAAAAACUUACAAGAAGUCUCAACUGAAUAAAAUAAAUCUAACUUAAUAAAGGUGAGAUUAUAGAACGAAAGAACAAAUAAAAAGCAGAAAAUCUAUUGAUAUAAUUAACAGAAUAGUGAUAAAUAAUAAAUAGGUUUAAUGGAAAGGAUAAUCUCAUUCUGCAAAUUUUUGUGGACAACAUGCUUCAGAGAUAAACAAAAAAAGAAGGUAGUUAGUGGAACAAAAUAUGAAUUUAUCUUUCUCAAAGGAAACCAAAAUAGGGGUUUAUUGGAAGAGGAUUUUUUUUCAACAAAAAAAGGAUAUACACGUAUAUAUAUAUAUAUUAACAAAAAUAUAUUGGAAAUUGUAUCCCAUAGAAAUACUCUCAUUUUAAAAAAAUUAAAUUAAUAAUGAAAGAUUUUAAAGAUAAAAAAUGUGACAUUCCCAGACAUUUUUUGGUUACAACGAAAAUUACAAGAUUUUUACGCAUUAUGAUUUUUUUUAUUCAGAUUUUUCAAUCAAAAUUUGUAAUAAAAACUUUGAUAUUAGGACAAGAAAUUCAAAGGAUGUUUUUUGCUUAAAAAAUUCUCUCUUUUCAAUUGAUGUGUAUCUUUUCUUGUGUACUGAAAGUGCCUGUAAUUUUUGCAUGUUCAAAUUGGUGAAAAAUAUAUAAUAAAACUUUUUUUUUUUGUGAAAUCAUAAGUUUUGAAGAAAAACUUAAAAGAAAAAUAAGUCUCUAUUCGUGUAAUUUGUUUAUCCAAAUUGAAAAAGAAUAAAUAAGAAAGAGAGAUAAUAGUUCAACAUAAAUGCUCAUAAAGUGGCCAAAUAAAAAUUAUAUUAAAAAAAAAAUAGAAAAUAGAAAAAUAAAUUCGAAAAAAAGCGAAUGUGUAAAGGAAAAAACAAAGUAAAACUGAUAGCGAAACUACAAAAUGUCUAAAAGCAACAUAACAUGAAUAAUAAAGUUAAAAAAAUAGAUAUUAACAGUAACAAAACAUCACUUGUAAACUAUACAUAAUCUCUCAAACAUGGUGAGUAUUUUUUAAAGAGACCUCUGACAUUAAAAAAAAAAACUUAAUUUUUUAUCAUAGUUAAAGCUCUUAAAUAUACUUUUUAUCGUACUGAGGAGAAGAUUGUGCUCCAAAAUGUGUCUAAUUAGUAAAGCAAGAAGGAGAAAAAAAUUUGGCUCUUUAAUAAAGGAAAAAGAAUCAAGAUUAAAA